UAAAAUAUAACAAAUAAAAAAAAGCUAAAAAAGAAAACCUAAAACAUAUUUGUGUUUCGUUAAAAACCUUAAAUUAUUUCAAACACAGCAUAAAUAUGGGCAAGAAAAAUUCAAAAUUGAAGCAAGACACCAUUGAUCGUUUGACAACGGAUACAUACUUCACCGAAAAAGAAAUAAGACAAUGGCACAAAGGUUUUCUAAAAGACUGUCCGAAUGGUUUACUCACAGAACAAGGUUUUAUAAAAAUCUACAAACAGUUCUUUCCACAAGGAGAUCCUAGUAAAUUUGCCUCAUUAGUAUUUCGAGUGUUUGAUGAAAAUAAUGAUGGAGCGAUAGAAUUUGAGGAGUUCAUACGCGCAUUAUCGAUUACAUCAAGAGGAAAUUUGGAUGAAAAACUACAAUGGGCAUUUCGUCUGUAUGAUGUGGAUAAUGAUGGUUAUAUAACGAGAGAAGAAAUGUAUAAUAUAGUAGAUGCUAUUUAUCAAAUGGUGGGUCAACAACCACAAACAGAUGACGAGAAUACGCCACAGAAACGAGUGGAUAAAAUAUUCGAUCAAAUGGACAAAAAUCAUGAUGAUCGUUUGACAUUAGAAGAAUUUCGUGAGGGUAGUAAAGCUGAUCCACGUAUAGUACAGGCGUUAAGUUUAGGUGGUGAUUAACCAAAAGAGUCAUAGUUUAAUUCACAGGUUAAUUAAACUUCAUAUUAAACAAAAACUAAAUAAAAACAACAACAAAUAACUGAUUAAACCACAAACAGCAUAACAAUAAAAAGCCAAAAACAUAAUUAGAAAAAAACACAUACAUACAUGAAAUUUAAACAUAUACAAAAAUUUAACUCUCACAGAUACACCGACAGACAUUCGUUUAUAAACUGAAAACAAUUUCGUAGAGAAGAGAUACAUUUGCCGUGUUUUAUAUAAAAAUAACCUCUAGACAAAAGUAAAAUAAAAAAAAAUAACAAAAACUAAAAGCAGUAGUAAAAGCUUGAUAAAUAUAACAUAAAACAAAGCAAAUACUUAACAAAUAAAAAACAAAAAUUUUGUUAUUCUGUACAUACAAAUGCAAAAAGAGAAAAAAAAAUAGGAAAAACUCACACUCACAAUAUAAAACUACUAAAAUGAAAAUCUAACCACCCACCCAGAUUCAUACAUAUUUAGAUACAAAAUUAAAAGAAAACUUUACAUAAAAAUUAAACAAAAAAAAACUAACUUUUCUAUAUACAACACAGCUGAAAAAACCAAAUUAAGGUCGAAUAUAAAGGUGCGUUUUUUUUUCUUAUUCUACUUACAUCUUCUCCUCAAGGGAAUAAAAUACCAGGACAGCAAAAAAAAACCUAUUAAAACUACUUCCUAUUUACUUAAUCUACCUUUAACACAGACAUUUACUCCAAAAAAAAAUGAGGAAAACGGUUACUGACAAGAGAGAUAGAGAGAGGGGAAAAAGAAAAUUAAAAUACUUCCAAAAAGAAUAAAAACAAACUCAAUUUAAUUUAUUUGAUAGAUCUAUUUAGGAAACCAACAACAACAAAAAUUAAUUAAAACAAUCUGCAAAAAAAGCUUAACUAAAUAACUUUAAGUAUUUCUGAGAAUGAUAGAAAUAGAGUAGAAUUGAUAAGUGCUAAACCUUUUUCAGGGAAUCAUUUAAGAAUUCUUAAAGUGUUCCCAAGAGACUUUAGACGAGAAUACACUAAUGAAGAAAAGGAUUAUUAAUGUAGAGUUUUUUCCCCUAAUUUAAGAUACUUAAAACACUUAAACAGGUACUUUAUUAUAACCAGAAAAAACAAUCAAUCUUUGACAAUUAUUUUUAAAGAUCACGAUAUUUCCCGACUAACGCGAGUAAUGUUGGCUUCCAAAUCUUGAAUUGUAGCUGACUUAUCGACGAAGAUUUCUGACUUCACAUAACUCCAAAGAAAUAAACCCAGAGUUGUGAUAUCAUAUUGCCAGUUGACAGUUUCGGAACUCAAAAUUAGCUGCUUACCAAAAUUAUAUCAAGAUGUGUGUAUGCCACUGUUCGAAAUUGUUGAAUCCAAAUGUCUCCAGCAUCACAGGCCUAAAUUUCAGCCAACUAGAUUCUAACUACUCCGUUAACAUUUUCCAAUGCCGGAAUACAAUAUCAGGCAACCUCUAUAAAUAUAGUACAGUCACAUUUUCAUUAUCAGUACGCUUCCUCAUCUCAGAAACUAUCUGGAAAACUUUACCCUACAACCUAACCAUGAGAGGCUGUGAACAAAAUGCAAUGCUCUAUUGCAUACGAAUCCCCUAUACAUAUUCAAAACGGUGAAUGGGUGAAGAAUGGAACUGAAAAAGUCGAGACAUUCGCUGACCACUUAGGUAAUGCACUUACUAGGGUUCAAUAAGUCGGCUGUUCGAAUAAUUGUUCAAAAAUCGAAUAACUAAAAAAGGUCUAAAAUGUCGAUUUUCUGAUUUUAGAUACCCUACACUAAGUAAAAGAGCAAAAACUUUUUUCUUUUAAACUUUCAUUAAUUUAUAUUUUUGAGUGAUUUUCGGAAGUGGGCCUAUGACCAAUUAUAGACCGAUCAUCAUGAAAUUAGGUCGUGUGAUUUAUGUCUAUAUGAAAGUUAACUAUAUUGAAUUUUGUGUGUAUACCAACUACGACUAAUUAAGGACGAUCGUAACAAAAGAAAACUUUGACCGAUAAAGUCCUAAUACAAAAUGAUAUUUCUAUGGGGUCUAUGUGAAAUAAUGGACCGAUUUUAGCCAGUUUCAAUAGGCUUGGUUCUUGGAGCGAAAAAAUAAUAUGUACCAAAUUUGAUCGAAAUAUCUUCAAAAUUUCGACCUGUACUCUGCGCACCAGGUUUACAUGGACAUCCAGCCGACCAGCCAGACGGACGGACAUCGUUUAAAAAGUGAUUCAUCGUUUAGAAAGUUAUUAGAAAGUGACUCAGAAAGUGAUUCUAAGUCGAUCGGUAUACUUUAAGGUGGGUGUUAGACUAAUAUUUUUGGGCGUUACAAACAUCUGCACAAACGCAUUAUACCCUCCCCACUAUGGUGGUGUAGGGUAUAAAACAUCGGUUAUUCAUUAAUAAAUCUACCAACAACAUACUCUAUUCAUUCAAAUAGGAUGAUCAGUACACACUCUAGUGUUGCUCCGACGAUUGUUAAUGAGAUGGAGCACCGUCCAAUAAAAUUCUAUAUAAGGAAGAUAGCAAUCAAUGGUCACAAAUCAGGAAAAUGUCCUGGCAUAGAUAGAAUUACUUCAACAGCGAUAAGUAAUCUGGCUAACUCAGCACUAAGAUUUAUUUUCAGUUCCUUAUUACGCAUUGGAUGCUUCUCUUCCUCAUGGAAAGUUUCAGAGAUAGUUAUGAUACCUAAACCUGUAAAAGACGUUAGUCUUGUGAAAGCCUGAUACCAUAUCAUGAUACUCAAACAUUGUUCCUGAGCAUCAGUUUGGUUUCAGAAGGAGACAAAGUACUAUUUAACAGGUGCAUUGCAUAACAACUCUUAUCCGGAAAGCUUUCGAGAGCAAACAAUAUUGAUCUACUUUAUUUGCAGAUAUCUCUCAAGCAUUUGAUAAAGUCUGAUACGAGGGAUUAAUAUACAGAAUAUGAUAUUACCUCAGACUGUUACUUUAAAGUUAUAUAAAAACAGAUCUUUCCAAAUAAGAUCAAAAGAUGUGAUAUUUUCACAUUACACUGGGAAAUAUUCCAGGACUGCUCUUACAAAUAUUCUUCUAUGCCAUUCUGAACCACUCCAAGCUCACAUCAAUGAGUUAGGAUACCUCAAGAAAACCGUGCAAAGUACCGAUCUACACAGCCAUCUAGUAUGUACCCACAAUACUGAAUCCAAAGCGACACAUAUAAAACUAAAGUCUACCCAAAUGCACUGGAUCCUUGAUCCUCGAUCAGUACUAGACUUGAACUAAAAGGUUCUCUUCUAUAUAAAGGUUAUAAAACCAAUAUGAUCGUAAGGCAGCCAGCCAUCGGGAAAAGCUUCUUCAACAGAAAAAACUAUCCAGAUUAUUGAGAAUAAUGACGGGAGCUCUAUGGGGAUUUAAAUGUUGUAAAAAUAUGCGAGGUGAUCAAGUAUUCCAUUAUUAAGUACGUGGUAAAACUAUUGAAUCAUCCGAAUCCACUUACAAGGAAGCUGAUCUCUUUUGAGGGACAGAAAAGUGGAAACUCUGGGUUUUAGUUUUAGGUCUAAAUUCUGGCUUAAAAUUCUCAAAGUUGUUCCAUAUGAAAGGCCAAGAAGCUGCGCACGCUAAUUUUCAUGUUGCAGCUAACUAAUUUGUAGACGUUGUUACGCUGUGAGUCUUUGCGUGAUGAAUUGUCAAACAAUACGGAAUAAAAGCAAGCUGACAAUGUGCCACCAGUCGCGAGUGAUCUAUAAAUCAAAUCUAUAAAUGCAUCAGCCUUCAUUUGAGGCUCUGAAUCGUUUGUGAAACGAUCCGUCCCUAUAAAAACCAUAUCAUUGAUCUAGUUUAGAUCUUUAAUUUAUUCACAUAUAUAGAAUUGUUGCCAAAAUAAAUUUCCUUUUUAUUUUAGCUGCUUCUUCUGUAUAUCCUCUCAAUUACUUCAUACUUUCCUGAUGUUUCGUUGACGUGUCAAAAAGUAAUUAUACUUUUGAAUUUUUGGGUUAAACAUCAACACGAUCAACAUUAUUAUUUUCAAGCACAUAAAUGAAAACGAAAAUUCCCAAAACAAACAAUAUUUUGGUUAAAAUUCGUGAUUCAGGUUUCUUGAUAGAGUCACAUACAUUUUUGAAACAAUUUUCUAUCAUAGUUAUUAAACAUGGAUCUCUGCAGACAAAUCAUUGUAAUCGUGAUCGAAUAAGCUUUCGUUUUCAAAAAGACAUUAAAAUGUGCUUGCGCUCGUAAUCUCAAAUAAGAAAAUUACUAUCAAUUUCACUUGAUCGCGAAUGGCGUAAUUUGGCCCAUGUUUUAAAAUUUAUCACAUCUAUUCUAACAAUCAUUCUCGGAAGUACAUGUAUAAACAAAACUGCAACCCAAUUAUAAACUAUCAACAAUUGUUAAGGAUAAAUUAUUAAAAAAAAACAGAAAACCAACAAUUUAAGUAAAAAAAAAAUAAUACUAACACCAAUUAAAAACCAAAUAAAACGCUUUUUUAAUAACAAAUAUAAAAAAAUCAUAAAUCAAUAAAAUUAAAAUAUGAAACAAAUUAUUAAUAUUUACAAAUAUGUAGUUUUAAGUGUUGUUGUUAAGGCUCAUUUAAUAAUUGAAAGAACAAAAAAACAAACAAAAAAAAUUUACUAAAAAAACGGAAUGAAUAAAAACAAAAUCAAAAAUAUUUAUUAACAAAUUUAUAAGCCAAAAAAAAGUAAAAA